AUGUGCUCCGACAUGUCGGAUCAGCACCACCACCACGCAACCAGGGAGGAUGCACCAGAGGCUAAUGGUUACCAUAGCAGUCCCCAUGGUGCAGAGCAGAGUAAGGCUGCGGAUGCCGAUAAGCAUAUAAAUCAUCAGUCCACAGAUGACAAUGCUCCCUCCAGCGCUUCAGGUCACAGACACGGUCGUAUCAGCCGUCAUGCAUCCACAUCUUCUGUUGAUGAUCGCUCCAUCAAGUCUGGUGACGAUUCUGAUGGGGCCGAGAGUACCAAUGGCAGAAGCAGUAAUACGGAGAUCUCAUUUCUAGAAAAUGAUACCAUCUGGAUACCACCUCAAGCGGCAGAUAAGGAGGAUGAGGCCCAGAGUUUUGCUACAAGCAUCGCUUAUGACGACGAUGACGAUGAUUAUAGUGACGGGAUAAAGUGGGGCCAGUCAAGUUUCCCAUCCCCUGGUAAGCAGCAUGAUGCCAGCACUAGCAAUCAUAGGGAGGAACGAGAAAAGGCGAUGCUAGAAGCUAUGAAUGGCCAGCUGAAGAUACUUGUCAGUCGGUUUCUUGCAUCUGCUGGCAUUGCGUCUUCCAACGAAGAGGGUAGUGAUAGCUGGCUUGACAUUGUCACCUCCCUGUCAUGGGAAGCAGCGCUACUUAUCAAACCUGAUGGUAGCAUGGGAAAGGAAAUGGACCCUGGCUCUUACAUCAAAGUCAAAUGCGUAGCAUCUGGUACUCGCCGGCAAAGCGAGGUGAUCAAGGGGUUAGUCUUCAAGAAGAACGCUGCUCAUAAGCACAUGCCGACAAAUUGCCACAAUCCUAGGCUUCUACUUCUCAAAGGAGUCAUUGGGCAUUCUGAUGUCGGUUUGUCAUCAUUUAGUUCAAUGGAUCAGGAAAAGGAUCUGUUGGAGAGAGCUAUUGGUAAAAUGAUGGAGAUAUGCAGUCCCAAUGUUGUUCUGGUCGAGAAAACUGUUUCACGAAACAUUCAAGAAUUUCUUCUGAAAGAAGGCGUCACGCUAAUUCUUGAUAUGAAACUCAACCGGCUACAAAGAAUUGCACGCUGUACAGGCUCUCCCAUAAUAUCGUUUUCAGAAGUUUUGGAUAAACCAAAGCUGAAGCAAUGUGACUACUUUCAUAUCGAAAAAUUUAUCGAGGAGCACAACAACGCCAGUGAGGGUGGAAAGAUGGCAUCUAAAACAUUAAUGUUCUUGGAAGGCUUUCCGCGUCCACUCGGUUGUACGAUACUGCUAAAAGGAGCAAACAGUGAAGAAUUGAAGAAAGUCAAACAAGUAAUGCAUUUUACGGUCUUUGCAGCAUAUCACUUGAUCCUUGAAACAAGGACACCACCAACUGCUUAUGAUGUUGCUGCUCUUAGUGGUGCUAUCCCUAGCUUUCCUUCACAUGAUGACUCUCCAGCACUUAGACUGUUCCAUGCCACUUCUAACAGCUAUGCUGAUGUGAACAAACCUUUGACAUCUCCAAUAAAUGUGGAUUCAUUCAGUUCAGUAUCCAGCAGCUCUGCAAAUGACCUUGAACAAGGUGCAAGGCUCAAUAAUACUGAGAGGUUAACAUUACCAGUCCAAGGGCCACUAAGGAAAUUGUUCGCUGACAUGUUACACCAGAAUAUUUACUUACCUGUUACUUCAUUGCAAGAGGCAAAUGAUAAUAGGAAGGAAGUCAGGGCUGAAUCCGGUCAAGAAACUGUUAGUAAUGGUUUCCAUUGGCCAAAGAUAGAAGAGUCUGCGGUUUCCAUUGAAAAUGGGGAGUCCAUAAAUGAUACCCAGAAACAAGAAAUUACUCAAGCAAUAAUGCCGAGUAGUUCUUCUGUAAGUGAUAAAAAUGGAGAAUCACCUGUUAUGGAAGACAAUGGGGCACAUAGUACUACAAGUAUUGUUAUCAAAGAGAAAUAUGUCGACGAUGAUCAAGCUGAUGAUGCACUUGAUUCUCACAGCAUACUGAUUUUGAUGUCUAGCCAGUGCACGGAAAAGCAGGUUAUCUGUGAACAAAGCCAUUUAACCCGUAUAAAAUACUAUGGGAGUUUUGAUGUGUCCUUAGGGCGAUAUUUGCAAAACAUUCUGCAGAAUCAGAAACUGAGUUGCUCCUCAUGUGGAGAGCCUCCAGAGUCGCACAUAUACUCCUACACGCACCGAAAUGGAAAUUUGACCGUUCUAGUGAAACGUUUGGUGCCCCAACACCAUUUACCUGGUGAAUCCAAAGGAAAAAUAUGGAUGUGGACUAGGUGCUCGAGAUGUGAUCAUGAACAUGGGGUAUCCAAACCAACUCCAAGAGUACUAAUAUCAGCUGAAGCACGCAACCUCUCGUUUGGGAAAUUCCUUGAACUCAGUUUUUCGAGCCACUCUGCAGCAAGAAGGUUAUCCAUAUGUGGACAUUUGGUCAACAGGGAUUGCUUGCGCUUUUUCGGGUUGGGCUCUAAAGUUGCUAUGUUCCGGUACUCAUCGGUUGAAAUUUACGCUACCUGCAAACCACAACCUACUCUCCAGUUCGUCAACCCCAUCAGACAGGAUUGGUUUGAAGGACAAAGGAGAAAUAUUCAUGCUAAAGGUAUGGCACUUUUCUCUGGGGUUGCAAGAUUUCUACAAAACUUGAAGAAUGAGCAUCCUGAUGCAAUAACAUUAGCAAUCAAUUGUGGCCUCGCACUCCCUGUUAAGGACUUCACUGAACUAGAAGAGUUGUUGAUAAAAGAAAAGGCCCAGUUUGAGAGUUCUGUGGACAAGGCCGCUGAUCAAAAUGGGAUACUGUCAUCGUCUGUGCAUGAACUAUUGAAUAUAAAUUGGUACUAUCAGGACCUUCUACUUGAGCUUUACAUUUGGGACCGCCGUCUACAUCAAUUAUUCUACUGUAAAUCUGUCCAACUAGAAAGUGUUGCUAAUUACAAGAAUCCUGCUGAUACUGUUGAUGGGAUCUAUGGCGAUAACUCUGGUAUUGAUAAGAAAAUCAGUGAAUCUACAUAUGACAAAACUACAAUAGCUCUGAGGGUAGCCAGUACCACGGAGUCUGCAAGUAACAAACUUGAUCCUCAAUCAGGUGAUGCUGCAGCACCCUUGCUUGAUGAAAGCCAGGAAGCUGGGCACUUGGAACUAACUUGCAAUGGAGGUAGUAAAGCUGAAGAAUCAUCCAUUGCUCAUGGUCAAAUAAAGGUAGAUGGCACAAUAGAAAGCACAAAUGAUCCUUGUUUCAAAAUAUCCAAUGAUAAGGAGGUCCAGGUCAAUGACACAGUAGCAGAUCCAAUACCCAUGGAACAGGAGCCUUGUAGCACUCCCCAACAGUUCAAAUAUCCUUAUUGGGAUGAAAGGGAAAGGUGGAUUUGGAAUUCAAUUGCCGAGUGUCAAUUGGCUUACAGGAAUGACAUUCAAAUUGGAUAUUUGGAAAAGUUUGAACUCAUUAACAAUUAUUUGCCACAUUAUCUUCCUCCCUUGUUUGAACAACAUGACGAGGCAUACUCUCCACAGUUUGCGGUAGGUCCAGGUGGUAAUAUUUUGUGCAUAAUGGAAGAUGAGAUAUCCAGCAUAAUAGCUCGUGCUCUUGCCAUAUCUGAUGAACGCCGCCAUUUGAUAGAUUUAAAAUUUGAGAAUGGAAUGGAUUAUUCCAAGGGAGAGCAUGCUAAAGCAAUGGAGAAAUCUUAUAGUUUUCUGUCUGAAAGUUUUUUCAGCUCGUCACCAUGGUCAUCUACAGAUUCUGAAGCAAGCUUGUCAUCUCUGUCUUCAUUUUCAUCUGAUGACUUUUCUGGUUAUGAUAGCUCAUCUUUAUUGUCCCCGAUGCAUCCAGAAAUGACUAAGUGGAAUGCUCAAGGUGGAAAGAGCAAGGCCUAUUUUGCAAAGACGACGGAUGACAGGUUCAUCAUAAAGCAAAUCAAGAAAACAGAGUUCGAGUCAUUUAUUAAAUUUGCCCCUGAUUACUUUAAGCAUGUUUACCAUUCUCUGGACACUGGAAGCCAAACUUGCCUUGCCAAGAUAUUAGGAAUCUAUCAGGUUAAGCAAAUUAGGCAUGGCAAAGAGGUAAAGAUCGACUUGAUGGUGAUGGAAAAUCUUCUCUUUGGUCACAAUAUUUCACGAAUUUAUGACCUCAAAGGUACUACUUUUUCGCGACGCGUCACUGACUCAAAUGAUCAUGAUACUGUUUACCUGGACCAAAAUUAUGUUGAGGACAUGGGUUUUUCUCCAAUCUAUAUUGGUGGAAGAACAAAGCAUCUUUUGCAGCGUGCAAUCUGGAAUGACACAGCUUUCCUCACUUCAGUGAAUGUCAUGGACUAUUCUCUACUUGUGGGAGUGGACAAAGAGAAGCACGAACUUGUGUUUGGCAUCAUUGAUUAUCUGAGGCAAUAUACUUGGGACAAGCAACUGGAGACAUGGGUGAAGACUUCUCUGGUAGUACCCAAGAAUGUUUCACCAACUGUUAUUUCCCCCAAGGAAUACAAGAAAAGGUUUAGGAAGUUCAUGGCGAAGUACUUCCUGUCAGUUCCAGACACAUGGAGUCCUGAUAAUUCUUCUAGGCAAUGCAAAUCCCUUGGUCAGAGCAAUCACAAGUUGGCGGAAGUCCAGAAUGGUGAUAACCUGCUUCAGCACCUAAAUGAAACUGAGGGGUAUAUCUUCUCUGUAGAUGAGGUUCUGCAUCAGGCAGUACAGGCCUGGUAUGCCUGGACCAUUGAUGAGGAAGAGAUUAGAUUUGGUGGGCUGAUGAAGCUCAGCUUUUCCCACCAGAGGCAGAGCCCUAACCCAAAGUAUGGAAUAUGGAUUGCCCUGCUGCUUACCAUGAUAUCGCUUGCUUCUGGCCCUGCAAGGCAGCUCAAUCAAUUUGGCAUUGCAACCUUUGCCAGCAGUGGUUCUCUUCAUCCGAUUGAGGGCCAGAGGAUGAUUCUGGCUCAAAAGACGUUCACAAAGUGA